ACCUAGCACACCCCUAGGGAGAGGUGGAGAGGCAGGAGAAGGAUCCUCCUUGGACCUCUGAAUCACAGGUCCUUGCCGGUCCCCCAGGCCUGGGGCACAGAAGGGUAGUUCGGUGUGUCUGACUCCAGGUCCACGCUCAGGAGCGCGUCUGUCCCUCCCAGUCCACCUGCUCUCCGCGAUGGGUGGGCCCCAGGUCCUACUGGCCGCGCUCUGGGCCCUGGGGGCCACAGGGGCCGCCGCGCUGCGCAUCGGAGCUUUCAACAUCCAGAGCUUUGGUGACAGCAAAGUGACGGACCUGGCCUGCGGCACCAUCAUUGCACAAAUCCUAGCUGGCUAUGACAUCACGCUGGUGCAGGAGGUGCGAGACCCAGACCUGAGCGCCGUGUCCGCUCUCAUGGAGCAGAUCAACAGCGUGUCCAAGCACAAGUACAGCUUCGUGAGCAGCGAGCCCCUGGGUCGGGACCAGUACAAGGAAAUGUACCUGUUUGUUUACAGGAAGGACGCGGUGUCGGUCGUGGACACGUACCAGUACCCGGACCCGGAGGACGCCUUCAGCCGUGAACCGUUCGUGGUCAAGUUCUCUGCCCCCGGCUCGGCUGCCGGGGAGUUGGUGCUCAUCCCGCUGCACGCGGCGCCGCAUCGGGCCGUGGCGGAGAUCGAUGCUCUCUACGACGUGUACCUGGACGUGAUCGACAAAUGGGGCACGGACGACUUACUGUUCCUGGGCGACUUCAACGCCGACUGCAACUACGUGCGGGAGCGCGACUGGCCGUCCGUCCGCCUGCGCAGCAGCGAGGUCUUCAAGUGGCUCAUCCCCGACAGCGCCGACACCACCGUGGGCAACUCGGACUGCGCCUACGACCGGAUCGUGGCGUGCGGCGCCCGCCUGCGCAGGAGCCUCAAGCCCCAGUCGGCCGCCGUGCACAACUUCCAGGAGGAGUUCGGCCUGGACCAGACUCAGGCCCUCGCUAUCAGUGACCAUUUUCCUGUGGAGGUGACUCUGAAGUCACACUGAAAACCCUCAAGGCCUGGUCCGGGAAGCGGCCUCCAGACUCAGGCCAGAACAGCCCUGCAGGACUCCUUAGGGGAGCUGGCCAGCCUCCUGC